AUGCAGUGCGAAGUGUCAGCCACACCAUCUCGGUUUGCGUGCUCCGACACACCUGUCCUUCGCUUGCCAGUCGAGCUUCAUUUAGACAUCAUCAAACGCCUCGACAUACGCGAUAGAGUCAAUCUGGCCUCCACAAAUCGCUAUUUCAGGUUCAUCAUCCCCCCGCUGACACAUGACGAGCUCUUGCUCGCAGAAGAGAGCGCGUGGGCCAGGUCAGGCCAGCUAUAUGUCUGCAAAGGCUGCGUCAAUUUCCACAGCUGGGCAAGCUUUGCCGACAGCAUGAGGAAGGGCAAAUGGUGUCGCAGUGGCAUGUUUGCAAAUUCAAGACUAUGUCUGAAAUGCGGGGUAAACAGUGCGUUGUACACUCCAGGCAUUCAUCUCACAAUUUGCAAUCGCGCACACGUACUCUGCCGUACAUGUCAGCAACUGACCGACCAGAUUGGCCAUCACGGCAUGUGUGCUGCAUGUUCUCCCAACAUGCCGUCAAAUCGCCGGUCCCAGUACUUUGACCACGAGGAUGAAUGGACGUACACGACUACUCGCAUGCCUGAUCGCAACCACAUGCAAGAAUUCAGUCAUUGGCCUGAAGGGCAGCUAUCCAGGUAUUGA